AUGGCCGAUGAAUUAAUAAUGUUAGACAUCAAGAUUCUGCCUUGUGCCUUCAUUAAAGAGAUUUUCUUAAAUGCCUGGAGAGUCAUGAUUGAAGGAGUGGAGAAGAAGGAAGGAAAAUUAGUGAUGGGAUUUAAAGUUGUUGGAGAGAAUAGAUUUUUAGCAUUGUUCCACAAUGGAUCGGACUCAGCAUUGAAGCACCUAAAUGCUGCCUAUGGAAAUCAUUUCCUCGUGACGAGUAUGAGGUUUCGACAGUUUGAAACAUUUGCGAAACACGUCUUAGGCUACGAUACAUCCAGCAGGCUUGUACAGCAGACUGGCUCCAACAUAAAUAAUUCUAGUGGAAAACUAUUUUGGGUCAAAUUCAAUAUAGCUCAUCUAGGCAAAGAAACAGGGAUGUUCAUAAACAAGUGGCGUGAGGAAUGUGAGUUCUGGUUUGAUUUGAAAAAAAGAGGAGAUGUCACUCUUGAAAUGUUUAAAACUCUGGGACAAAAAGAAGUUCACUUAUUUAUUCGAUGCCCAUCUUGUGAAAUACUUGACGAUCUGCUCUUCACGACCCCACUCAGUGUGGCGCUCGGCAACCAGCUAGAAACGACAGUUAAGUCUGUCAAGUUUUUCUCUGACUUCCUGAAUCUGGCCGCCAACUGA